UUAAUUUCUUCUUCUCUUUUUGUUCUUGGUAUGGUAAUAGAGAGUUAAAGUAUGAACUGGAAGGAACUGAGGAAAAAAGGGAGUUUUCUUGUCCUGUUGCUUUUGGUUUUUGUACUGUUCUGCAACUGUUUUCUGGACAAAGAGAGUGUUCAAAAGAUAGACACAGGGAGGUGAAAAGUCAUGAUUCAUGCAUGGGCGUUGACGAGGAAAAAGCUUGGUACUUUCUGUUUUCUAUUGAGAAAUGUCCAUUUUGUUGUCAGUAUUUAUGAGUAUGUCAUUGCUUUGCUAUAGUCAAACCCAGAAAUCGAAUGGACGGUUACUUAUAUCCCUUAGAACUCCCACUUUUUAAGCCUUUAACCCUUAUAAACGGACGUGGGUAUCCCUCAAAUUCAUUCAAGUGAGGAGAAUUUGCUUGUCUAAGCAAAUAAAAAGUUGUGUAUCUGUUGAAUUUUUGUGGGUUUGAUCAGAAGGAUAGAGCCGUGGCUAAUACAACCAUAUCAUGCCUAAUGGUGCAGUUGCUGACCCGAGCUUUCUGGCUUUCCCAAUUCCCUGUUCAUUGCCUAACUCCUCUGAAUUCUCCAAUUCCAUAGGGAAAAUGGAUGGAUAUAGAGAAGCUUGUCUGCUUGGGGACAGCUUUGAUCCGAAUGGAGUUGUGAGGAUGAGGGAAGAUGAAUAUGAUAGCAGAUCAGGCAGCGACAACAUCGAUGGUGCUGUAUCUGGGGAUGAUCAGGAUGCUAACGACGAACGACGACGAAAAAGGAAGAAGUACCAUAGGCAUACCCCCCAUCAGAUCCAAGAGCUUGAGAUUUUCUUCAAGGAAUGUCCUCAUCCAGAUGAUAAACAAAGGAGUGAGCUCAGUAGGAGACUUGGUUUGGAGUCGAAGCAAGUGAAGUUUUGGUUUCAAAAUCGUCGAACCCAGAUGAAGACACAAAUAGAACGCCAUGAGAAUGCAAUUCUUAAGCACGAAAACGAUAAGCUUCGGGCCGAGAAUAGUGUGAUGAAGGAUGCUAUUUCGAACCCAACGUGCAAUACAUGCGGUGGACCUUCAAUUCCUGUUCAUCUAUCGUUCGAGGAACACCAGCUUAGGAUUGAUAAUGCCAGAUUAAGGGAUGAACUGCACCGGUUAUAUACCGUCACCAACAAGUUCUUGGGCUGGCCAGUUUUGCCCUUUGUCAAUCAUAGCUCUUCAGUGAGCUCUGACUCGUGCUUGGAACUUUCUGUUGGAAGAAAUGGAAUGGGAAAUGUGAGUAACAUUUCUGAUCCUAUUCCUAUGGGGCUUAACUUGGGAAACGGACUUUUCAAUGGUGGCCCUGUGAUGCCUAUUAGUAAGUCUCAAAUGGGCAUGCCAGGCAAUGAUAUACCAAUUGACAGAACAAUAUAUGUGGAUCUUGCUUUGGCUGCUAUGGAUGAAUUGGUUAAGAUGGCUCAAAUUGAUACCCCCCUUUGGGUCAGAAGCCGGGAUAGCAGUGGCAAAGAGACGUUGAACUUUGACGAAUAUUCCAGGACAUUUCCUUCGUCGGCUGCCAUGCAACACACUAAUUGGACGACAGAGGCUACCAGAGAUACUACAAUGGUCAUCAUCAACAGCAUGGCACUCAUCGAGACGUUGAUGGAUGCAAACCGAUGGGCAGAAAUGUUUCCUUGUUUGAUUGCUAGAGCCACAACAAUCGAUGUGAUAUCAAAUGGCAUGGGUGGAACUAGAAAUGGUUCAUUACAAUUGAUGCAUGCUGAACUUCGAGUACUUUCCCCGCUUGUUCCUGUUCGUACUCUUAAGUUCCUCCGCUUCUGCAAGCAGCAUGCUGAUGGUCUGUGGGCUGUAGUUGAUGUUUCCCUCGGAGAAGGCGCGGAUGCAGACAUGUUUUUCAGUUGCAGGAGGCUCCCUUCCGGCUGUAUUGUGCAAGAUAUGCCUAAUGGUUUCUCCAAGGUUACAUGGGUGGAACAUACAGAAUAUGAUGAAACUGUUGUACACCAACUUUACCGCCAGAUAAUUAGUUGGGGCAUCGGCUUCGGUUCGCAACGGUGGCUUGCUACCCUUCAAAGACAAUGUGACUGUCUGGCAAUUCUUAUGUCUUCUACGGAAGAUCCUGCAGGAAUAUCACCACACGGUAGGCGAAGUAUGCUGAAACUAUCCCAGCGUAUGGUUGAUAACUUCUGUUCUGGGAUUUGUACUUCAACAUUGCAUAAGUGGGACAAGCUUGUUGUUGGCAAUAUUAGUGAAGAUGUAAAAAUGAUGGCUAGAAACAGCAUCAACGAUCCUGGCGAGCCACCGGGUAUCGUGUUGAGCGCUGCAACUUCUGUUUGGAUGCCAGUAACUCAGCAGAGAUUGUUUGCAUUCUUGCAAGACGAGUGCUUACGGAGCGAAUGGGACAUUUUAUCCAAUGGCAGACCAAUGAUAGAGAUGCUUCGCAUAUCGAAAGGCCAGGGACUGGAUAACCGUGUUUCUCUCCUGCGCGCUAACCCCAUGAAUGCUAAUGAGAACACCAUGCUUAUAUUGCAAGAGAGUUGGACUGAUAUUUCAGGCUCACUGAUCGUUUACGCUCCAGUCGACGCAGCCUCCAUUAACUUGGUGAUGCGUGGAGGAGAUUCGGCUUAUGUAUCGCUACUACCUUCAGGAUUCGCCAUUCUCCCCGAUGGCCCAUCCAUCUAUGCUUCUACUAACAACGACAAAGACGGUUCGAUCAUGUCAGACAUUAACAGUGGCUAUGCUGGUGGAUGCCUUCUCACAGUUGCAUUCCAAAUCUUGGUGAAUAACCUUCCAACAGCCAAACUCACCGUUGAGUCAGUUGAGACAGUUAACAAUCUCAUUUCUUGCACCAUCCAAAAGAUCAAAGUCGCCCUUCGAGUAUCGUAACGAUGCUUGCUCGUUUAGCAAGCUUUCAUUAGAAAGGUAAGUGUAGGCUCAUAUGCAAAGUUUAUGGGAAAAUUUUCAUAGACUGAACAUGAGAAGAUCUCAGACAAAGAAUGGUCAAAGCAUAGGUUUCUAGUCAAGAACGAACCACGAACAUGUGAUUUCGUAUUGGGUUUACAUAAGUUUGUAAUGUUGCGGUUGUCGUGUGGGUGGUUCGGGUAUUGACUCGAUGACCGGUUAGAACUCAUCUGUAUGUUUGUGAUGUAGUGUCUACUUAUUUCUCCAAUUCAAAAAAUGGUUUUAGUUUGGUUUUUGCUUUA